GGCUGCAAAAAGAGAGAAAGAAAACAGCAGGAACCACAACAAAACGCCAGCCGGGCGGGCGGGCGCGCAGCAGCAGCGGGGCGGCCGAGGCAGUAGCGGCGGCAGCGGCGGCGGCGGCGGAGGCAGCGGCUGGUGCCCGGCUCGGGCUCGGCUCCCGCGACCCCGGGGCGCCGGGCGGGCCCCCCCGCCCCCUCCCCCUCCCCCCUUCCCCUUCCCCUUCCCCUCCCAGCGCGCCCGCGCGCCCCGCGGCCCUCGGCGAGCAGCUCGGCUCCCCCCAGCGCUCCCCGGGCCCAAAGAUAUGGCAAUGGUAGUUAGCAGCUGGCGAGAUCCGCAGGACGACGUGGCCGGGGGCAACCCCGGCGGCCCCAACCCCGCAGCGCAGGCGGCCCGCGGCGGCGGCGGCGCCGGCGAGCAGCAGCAGCAGGCGGGCUCGGGCGCGCCGCACACGCCGCAGACCCCGGGCCAGCCCGGAGCGCCCGCCACCCCCGGCACGGCAGGGGACAAGGGCCAGGGCCCGCCCGGCUCGGGCCAGAGCCAGCAGCACAUCGAGUGCGUGGUGUGCGGGGACAAGUCGAGCGGCAAGCACUACGGCCAGUUCACCUGCGAGGGCUGCAAAAGUUUCUUCAAGAGGAGCGUCCGCAGGAACUUAACUUACACAUGCCGUGCCAACAGGAACUGUCCCAUCGACCAGCACCACCGCAACCAGUGCCAAUACUGCCGCCUCAAGAAGUGCCUCAAAGUGGGCAUGAGGCGGGAAGCGGUUCAGCGAGGAAGAAUGCCUCCAACUCAACCCAAUCCAGGCCAGUACGCACUCACCAACGGGGACCCCCUCAACGGCCACUGCUACCUGUCCGGCUACAUCUCGCUGCUGCUGCGCGCGGAGCCCUACCCCACGUCGCGCUACGGCAGCCAAUGCAUGCAGCCCAACAACAUCAUGGGCAUCGAGAACAUCUGCGAGCUGGCCGCGCGCCUGCUCUUCAGCGCCGUCGAGUGGGCCCGCAACAUCCCCUUCUUCCCGGAUCUGCAGAUCACCGACCAGGUGUCCCUGCUACGCCUGACCUGGAGCGAGCUGUUCGUGCUCAACGCAGCCCAGUGCUCCAUGCCGCUGCACGUGGCGCCGCUGCUGGCCGCCGCCGGCCUGCACGCCUCGCCCAUGUCCGCCGACCGCGUCGUGGCCUUCAUGGACCACAUCCGCAUCUUCCAGGAGCAGGUGGAGAAGCUCAAGGCGUUGCACGUCGACUCGGCCGAGUACAGCUGCCUCAAAGCCAUCGUGCUGUUCACGUCAGAUGCCUGUGGCCUGUCGGACGCCGCCCACAUCGAGAGCCUGCAGGAGAAGUCGCAGUGCGCGCUGGAGGAGUACGUGAGGAGCCAGUACCCUAACCAGCCCAGCCGCUUCGGCAAAUUGCUACUACGACUGCCCUCGCUGCGCACCGUAUCCUCCUCGGUCAUCGAGCAGCUCUUCUUCGUCCGUUUGGUAGGUAAAACCCCCAUCGAAACUCUCAUCCGCGAUAUGUUACUGUCUGGGAGCAGCUUCAACUGGCCUUACAUGUCUAUCCAGUGCUCCUAGACCUUGGGCGCUUCCCACCUGCCCCCACCCCCUAGAGACUCACAGGACCAGCGGGGGGCCGUGGACUCCAAUGCCGCGGGGACACCAGGCGGCCGAUGCAGGGUGCGGUGGGCCGGGCAGCGGGGAGGAGGGCCAGGGCGACAGGAGCAGCCCACCGUGCAGAAAUGCAACCCGAGCUGCAAACCAGGAGAAAAAGAGACUCUUUUUAGUGUCAGAUCUGUGGACACGUUGGAAAGGAAAGGAAAAAGACCUUGUGUCUGAUGAGAAAAAGAAAAAAAUUUGGAAGAGAGGACCAUGAAAAUUUUAAUAAAACAGAAGGAGACUAACGGACCUUCCAGGAUUUAUUGUGGACAGAUGUGGAUAUAUUCUGUACAGAAAACAACACACAUGGAAGUGGACCGAAUCCUAUGUAGAAACACACACACAUACACACACACACACACAUUGUUAUUCAUUUUGUAAAAUACUAGUCUUUAUUUUCAUUUUUUUGUAAAAUUUAAACAUCGUAUGCACAUAAAAAAGAAACAAGAAUUAGGGGAAAAUAACAUUUUCCAAAUAAUUAUUAAAAAAAAUUGUCCUGUGUCUAUGUAUCUAUAUCUGUUUUGUAUUUUUUUCUGGUUCCAAACCAGAUUUCCUGUGAUUCUAUACUAAUAAUUUUUGAUAUAACCCUUUGCUUCUUAUAAUGAGUGCGAUAUAUGUUGUCGAGGCUGUUCUUCAAGAAUUAAAA